AUGGAAGAAGGAAACACCACUCAGCAAGCAAGUCGGGAAAACGAAAAGCAAAACCGGCACUAUCCGCGGCUACACAUUGAGUAUCCAUGUGGCAACAGGAAGAUAUGUCCCGCAACGAGUGACGAUCCGAUGGAAAAUCUGAGGAAUGCGAUUUUUGAAGCAUGCCCCGCUAAGCCCGGAGAAGAGUUGCGAAAUAAAAUCAAGAUUUUUCACAAAGGGUCCGAAGUCAAACGAAAGGAAGAAUUAAAAGGUCUGAAACCUGGAGAAACAAUCCACGCCACUUGGCCUGGGGAACUCGGCCCAAAUACUACUCCCGCGCAACAAACUAGGCAGAUCCCAAAAAUCAUCGAUGCCGCCUCCAUCCAAAGACAAAAUUUCGAAUCAUCCCUUAGAAACACGUUGAGAAACCAGCCACCUCAAAAACGAAAACUCGAGGAAGAAAGCGAGGUUCAAGCAGAGCAAGCAACACAUCGACAGAUCGGCUGUCUGCUAACAAAACUUGGAAGCGAUCUUAUCCAGUGGUCAAGCCCCUUACAUGACCUAAGUAACCUGUUACAAGCAGAUGAAAUCUUACGACACGACCCCGAAAAAGCAGACAAAACAAACAAAGCCAUUCUUAACAAUUACACGAACAUGACGUACCUGAGUCAGCUCCUAGUAAACCUUCAACGAAUCCUGUCCCCGACGACACUCAAGUCACCAGAGACCUUAUCCGAAGCACCGUAUCUGAACACAAUGCACCCAGCCUUUGAACUGUCUCCUAGCUUCAACAAUUUCCUUUAA